GGCAUGUUUGUGUGUGUGGGCACCAAUAUGGUGGGGGGAAAGGGACAGCGACCCAGCAGAACUAGUGGUGUUUGAGCGACCCAUGUUCGUUAAGCGUCCUGUGAACCAGGUGGUGUUGGCUGAUGACACGGUGGACUUCCUGUGUGAGGCCCACGGAGACCCCGCCCCCACCAUCCGCUGGAGGAGAGAGGAAGGAGAGCUGCCCCGUGGCAGGUCAGAUAUCCGCAAUGACCACAGCCUGCGUCUGACCCAGGUCCGGGCUGAGGACGAGGGCACCUACACCUGCGUGUCUGAGAAUAGCAUGGGCAAGGCAGAGGCAUCAGGCAGCCUGCAGGUCCAUGGUAAGACCAGGCACAACACACAUGAAUAUGGACAUACACGAAUAUGGGCAUGAGUGAGACACACACAGUCUCUUAUGUAAAGCUGACAGGCAUUAUUAAAGGUUUAGUUUAGUUCAAUUUCAGCAGCACUUGACUCCAUCAGUAAUGACUUAGGUCUCCUGCACUUUUUGACAUUUUACUUUUGGAACCCUCCACACACACACAUGCGUGUGCGCAUACACACACAAGUAAAGACACAGGUGCACAAAUACGCACCAAUAGGAGUUUAUGCCAUGGAAUUGCUUGGAGAUUGUUCUGUGUGAAUUAUGGCAACAUAUUAAUGGGGUAUGCUAGUGUGUGUGUGUUAUUUUUUUUAAAGUAUAGCCAUCAAACCAUAAUACCUAGCCAUAGCAGGUAUGGCUUUUAAUUUAAAUUCACUCAAUUCAGAAGAUGAAUAGAAAUUCUAUUAGAAAUUUUAAAAUGGCAUUUAUUUAUUUCUCACUUUCUGAAUUGACUAAAUU